UUUUCUAAUUAGUAGUAGCUUCUAAAGCAAGUCUUACUGUUAUAAUUAUGGUGGGAAAAGCCUUUGCGGGAGCCAGACAACAUUUUCUGAUUGAGACUCGACAUCUCAAAAGCCUUGCUGAGGAUACCAAUGUCAUCCAGAUCUGGCAGCACAAGAGAGUAUGAAACUAGUAGCCAGUCACGUGGCCAUUCAGCUUCCCCACCAGUCCCAGAGUCUAGUGAGACUGAGUCUGAAGGUUUGAUAUUUUAUCACAUGGAUCUUUAUGGAUCAAAGGAGAGGUUUGAUAUCUUUCCUGAAGAGCUGUCUGGUCGAGAAGACAGAUCUCUGGGGGAUACAAGAAGAGAAUCUGUAUUGAGUAGUGAAAAAGUUCAGUGCUCACAAGAAAUUGGCUAUGACAUGGAAAAGGAGGUUGCAGAGCUGGCUAAGAUGUAUGGACUUGAUGAGGAUAAAGAAAAAGAGCUGGAGCUUCUUGGAGGACGUGUGGAGAUGGAGAGCAGAUGGCCACCUGCUCGCACAAAAAAAGCAGGAUCACAAGGCUCCACAUAUAACGCAUCAAAAAGCAGCACUUCAGUGAAAGAUCAAAGUCAAAGCACAAAGCAACAAGGACUUCCUGGCGAGGCUUCUCAAGAUGAAGAUCAGAGCAAAACCAGAGCAGAUGAUGAGGUUGAGAGCAACAGAUGGUCCAGAGAGGGGCUUAGAAGUGGCGGCAUGUCAGAUGAGUGGAACAGUCAGGCUGUCAGUGAGGAGCAGGAGGAGGAGGAAGAGGAGGAAGUGGCGAAUGUUUUUUGUUCUACCUGCAAGAUACCAAUCCGAGCUUUUGACAAACUAUUUGGUGAGCACAAGGAUCAUGAGGUGACUCAACUGCCCAAUGCCUUGGAAAGUGAAAAGGAAGAGAUUCAUAAAAACAUUUUUCUACAGGCAGCAGUAACCAUGGUUGACAGGCUGGAAGAAUUCUUAAAGCAAGAAGUGAAUUUAGAGCUUUCAACACUGCCAGACUUUGAAGAGCGGGUCAUAGAUUUCUCUGAAGUUGAACAACUCAUGAACUCCAUUAAUGCUAUUCCAGCUCCUUGUGCCCCUGUGAUCAAUCCCCAGGCUCCAAAUGCAGCAACUGGCACCUCACUGAGAGUUUGCUGGGGCCUCUUCUCAGAUGACACUGUGGAGGGAUAUCAACUGUGCUAUAAACCAGUGAGCAACGAGAGGCACGGUGAUGAGCGGGCAGAGCAUACCCUAAAAGUCAGAGAAACAUACUGCACCAUUACUAAUCUGUUGCCGAAUACACAGUAUGAAUUUUGGGUCAGUGCUUUAAAUGCCUCUGGUAUCAGUCCACCAAGUGAAAGAGCAGUUUAUGUGACAGCUCCUUCACCACCUAUCAUAAAGAGCAAAAAGAUCCGAAGCUGUGAAAAUGCAGCACUGGUGUGCUGGGAAUCUGGAGACAUUAACCCUGUCGAUUCCUACACGGUUGAACUGUACAAGCUGACAGAUGAACCAAACGAUGAUACUGUUACUGAAUCUAUUGUUGGGAUUCCUAACUGUGAAGUCCUAAUUCACCUCCAACCAACACAAAGGUAUCACAUCUGUGUUAGAGCCCAAAACCUAGGUGGCUCCAGUGAAAGAAGUGAACCUGUCCUGAUACACACCACAGGCACCUGCUUCUACCUUAAUGAGGACACAGCCCAUCCUUUACUGGCAAUCCUAGAUGAUGGAUUUACAAUUUCAUGCGAUGAACUGGAAAACCCAGAGUGUGAUCUGCCCGUCUAUGAUAACAGCUUUACAAGAUGUAUUGCAAUCCUGGGCAGUCUGAUCCCAUUUCCAGGAAAGCAUUACUGGGAGGUGGAAGUUGAGGAAGAUACAGAGUACAGAACUGGUGUGGCUUUUGAGAACACUCCAAGACAUGGUCACCUGGGGGCAAACAACUCAUCCUGGUGCAUGAGGCAUAUCAUCACACCAUCAAGGCACAAGUACGAGUUCCUGCACAGCGGGAUGACACCAGACAUCAGAAUUACUAUUCCUCCUACAAGGAUUGGCAUCCUGCUGGACUACGAGAACUGCAGACUGUCAUUUUUCAAUGCAGAUAUUGCCCAGCACCUUUAUACAUUCAACUCACGCUUCCAGCAUUAUGUCCACCCCUGCUUUGCUUUGGAAACACCUGGUAUCUUACGGAUACGUACUGGAAUUACAACGCCUCCGUGGACUGCCCUCCUAUAACCUGUGUUCUGCCACUACCACACCUACAUCUGCCCUCUUUCAGCAUCAACUGCUCCAUCACACUCCCUGUAAACCAGCUGUUUCCCAAGAAGAGCAAAGCAACCUGACCCAGAUCAACUGCCAGGCCUGAGCCCUUACGAGUUACAUCCUCUUAGGAAGGAUCUUAGCAGAAAGCCACUAUGGUCACAAGAUCCACCAGAUCUCAGAAUUCUCCACUUAGAAAUAGAUACCAUCCUUCUCAGAGGUGACACUGUCAUCAUGCAGCAGUGGUAGCUGGAUCAUUUGCGUGAUCACUUAGGUGACCCCAAUACCCAUCUGAUGCCCAGGGAACUUCCCAGUUCCAGAGUAAUCAUUAAUUCUACUCCUGAGGCUGCUGAAGAGCCAAACAUUCAAAGAAAAACAAAAAUAGCAAAAGGCAUGAACAGUGUACAGCUGCUAGAGCUGAAAACACUCCAACCAUGAAGCUGAUCUCACAAUCAAGUUUUCUUGUUGCUACAUGAAGCCUGUGACACGAGAUAAUCAAAUACGCCUCCCCUGUGUGUGAACUGUUAGCGCCUACAUACCCAGUGAGGCUUUCUGAAAUACCCAAGCAUGCACUACAGUCUCAAAUAUAAGACACUUUUACAGAAUGCCCAUGUUUCUCAUUCAUUCAUCCAGGGAAAAAAAACAAAAAAACAGGCAGGCUUUUUGCAGUGCUCCACUACCCUUAAAGAGAAACCAAAAGCAUCAUUUUUAUCUGUUUCUUUUUAGCUAUGCUCAUCUCCACUUGGGUGUAACCUCCCUCCACCCUCACAGAUCUGUUCCCCCCCUGAGCACUGAAGAAUUCUCACCCCAGUGCUGUGCCCUUGAAGCUUUGGGUAUCCAUGGGGCUGGAAGCACUCUGGCCCAGCACUCAGUUGAGAUGUCCUUGUUUAGGCUUCAUUUCCAGACACCAGAUGAUCAAGACAGCUCUAAACAGCCUCAUCUGUGUAUGUCAAAACUACCUGAGCUCAAUGAAGAGUCAUUAACAGAGAAGCUUUUCCACAGAUUUAUUGCAUGUUCAUUACAAAAUUCACUGAUUCAAGUUUCCAUUCUAGGGGAUAGCCAGGAACAGGCAGGGGCCUCUUCAAUAUACAGGGUCUCUACAAAUAAAUGCUGCUGGCAAAACUAAAGAGAUUUGACAUAGAA